UAGAAGUACAAUUGAGACCAAUUUAAUGGGAACUAUGUUUAUGUGUAAAACAGUGUUAAAGCAUAUGAUUAGACAGAAGAAGGGAUCCAUUGUUAACAUAGGAAGUGUUGUGGGACUGAAGGGAAACGCCGGCCAAACCGUGUAUUCGGCCUCAAAGGCCGGACUCAUUGGGUUUACGAAAUCUUUGGCCAAAGAAAUGGCGCCAAAAGGCAUAACAGUGAAUGUGAUCGCACCGGGUUUUGUGAGAACUGAUAUGACGUCCGAAAUAGUGAAACCAAUGCCCGAAGAACUGAUUCCAUUGAAACGAAUCGGUUCUCCCGAUGAGAUCGCAGAAGCCGUUCAUUUCUUGGCCAAUGCCUCAUAUAUUACGGGAGAAGUGCUUUUAUGUGAUGGAGGACUACAUCUGGUCUUAUGAUGUGAUUCACAACAAAAGCAUAAAUGUUUUGUAUAUUUUAAAAAUAAUUUAUAUUUUAUUGUAAAUUAAUUUAAGAUAAAUAAUUUAAUAAUAGACUAGAAUUUAAUUAAAAGUUUGAUUACAAUGUGUUGAAAAUAUUUAAAGUAAUGACUCGUUUUAUGCAAA